UCAGUGUGUCAUGUCGACCGUGCGGGUGAUAUUUAAACAAUAAAACUAUAAUGAUAAACAUAAAAACAUAAUGCCAAGCGCUAAGAAAUAAUCAGAAAACUAAAACAAAAACUAAAGUGUGGUGUCAAGUGUCAGAUAUAAGAACUCUUGAGUUCUUGGUUACAAUUUAUAAUAGUUAAAUAAGAAGCUAAUUAAAAACUAUAAACAUGAGUCUGCCGUCGGGCGUGGACAUGCAGAAUCUGAUGUCGCAGCAUCCCGUUUUGGGCGCUCUGCCGCCCGCCUUCUUCUUGCGCGCCGCCUCGGAAAGAUAUCAAAGAACGCCCAAGUGUGCCCGCUGCCGGAACCAUGGAGUGGUCAGCGCCUUGAAGGGCCACAAACGUUACUGCCGCUGGCGGGACUGUGUCUGCGCCAAGUGCACACUGAUCGCGGAACGUCAACGCGUGAUGGCUGCUCAGGUCGCCUUACGUCGCCAGCAGGCCCAGGAGGAGAACGAAGCCCGUGAGCUGGGCCUCCUGUACACCUCGGUUCCUGGCCAGCAGAAUGGUAACAGCGAUAGUGCCACGCCCACGCCCCAUAGUCCCAAUCACAGUGGCAGCGGAGGAUCGGCAAAUGGAAGUUCCGGCCAGAACGGCGUCUUCCACGGCGGUAUACCAUCGCCGCCCAGCGACGGCUUUGAGGCCAGCUCCACUCCCAAUCACCACCAGCCGCAGCAGCAGUCCCAGCACCAACACCACCACCAGCAGCCACAUCCUCAGCAGCACCAGCUUGGGCACCAUUCCCAGCAGUCGGCGCGCUUCAAUGGCAACGAGUCCGAUACGGAAGGACGCACCCGCUCGGAGCACCUCAGCGUAGGCUUCUCGCCCACGAGAACCGAGCUGGACGAGAGUCCCGUUUCCAAACGCGGCGCAGCCUUGUCCAAUGAAACCGACCAGGACACCGGCUCCGAAUCAGGCUCACCGAGCAGUCCUCGGCCCAAGGUGGCCGGACUCUUCAAUCUGACCGCCAGCCUGUCGCCCGCCCGCACCGGACCGCCCAGCUCGCCAGAGUCCGACCUAGAUGUGGACUCGGCGCCGGACGAGGCCACGCCGGAGAAUCUCAGCCUGAAGAAGGAAGACAGCCAGUCGCCACCCAACACGCCCGCCGAGAAUCUCCAUUUGCUGCGCUCCUUCGGCGGCAGUCAUGGCCAGGGCUUCCUGCCCUAUCACCACACACAGUUCCUGGCCGCCGCCGGACUGCCAGCUCACCACCAUCCGCCUGAGCAGCCACCGAAUCUGCCGCAGCAUCCGCAGAGCCUCCAGCAGCAAAGAUCCCCCAUCGAUGUCCUGAUGCGGGUCUUUCCUAACCGACGACGCAGCGAUGUGGAGCAGCUGAUGCAGCGCUUCCGCGGCGAUGUCCUCCAGGCCAUGGAGUGCAUGCUGGCCGGCGAGGAUCUGGGUCAGACGCCAACGCCUCCGCAGGUGCCGCCCUCGCCCCCCUUUCCCAUGAAGUCGGCCUUCUCGCCGCUGGUCCCACCCUCGGUCUUUGGCUCGCCCACGCAUCGCUACCAUCCCUUCAUGCAGGCCCAUGCCAAGCGGUUCCUGUCCGCUCCCUAUGCCGGCACUGGCUACCUGCCCGGCGUGCUCAGUGCGGCGGAUAUUGAGCAGUCGGAGUCGAACGGAGCCGGAGGCAUCGGGCUGGAUCGCAGCAGCAAUGCCGGGGACUCCCAGGAUUGAGGCAGCGAACCGGAGGCCAACGGCGCCGCCGUCUUCCGGCCUUUCGAGUAGGAUUUUCCCGAAUGCCAAAUCAUAGAUCCACAAACCUAAGUUGGGGGGAGGAAUCGGUUCUAAAAAUUGCUGAACACGAAUAAGCCAUCACUGGAAAUUAAUUUCAAACUAAAAUGUCAUUGGAAAUAUGUUUAAAAUGAUUAUCCCAAGAGGGAAUAUUUCUAUUAUUUUAUUUUCGAAUAUUUCUUUAAUUGUUCUUUGUAUGUUCUUCCCUCCAGCUUCAUCUCGAUUUGUCCUAGCUAUGCCUAAAAAAAUAAGUGUAAAUUUAGUUUACCCUUAAAAUCUUAGCACAAGUAUUGUAACAUAGAAAUCGUAAUAAUAAACUUAAGAGAACGCAAAUCACUUGAUCCCAGUUAUAAGAGCCAUAAAAUGUAUUUGUUUAGCUGAAAUUAAUAUUAUAAACAGACGAUGACGAUGACGAUGAGAUUACCUAAUUGAGAUAUCCGUGUGUACCAUAUAAACCAUAUAAAAUUAUAUAUUAAAUAUCAUAUUAUGUAUUAGAUAAAGAAUACAUUUCAAACACUGUGUUAAAGUAUUUAAUAAAUCUACAAAAUAAUUCAAUAAAAUGAA